AUGACGGCCGAAGCAGAUUUGCUCGAAGGAUACGAUGAGGAACUCGGCGGAAACGAGGCUCAAAAACGAGACUGCAAAGGAAUCACAACAGCAGUGCUGGUGGUUGUCAUCAUUUUGGCAAUGAUAUUCGCGGCGCUGGUUCUUUUUACGCCGUUAUUCGCCUCUGCCCACAUUGGCUCAAAGCGGCUCAACAUCUCUGAUUUACGAUCUUUACGAUAUCCGUAUGCUGAAUUUGCGUUCUCAGAAAACAAUGUGGUCAUGCAGAGCUGGGAAGGUGUAGAAAUGGUGGAGAAUGGAGUGUCUCGACUGAUUUUUGGAAGAGAGAAUGGGGCUGAGAUCUCACCAUCCGCCGAUUUGAAGUACUUUGCUCUGAUGGAUCACGCUGUAAACCCCGGAAUGAAUCCGCAAAACGAGACGUUCCAUCUGAAAAUAGUGAAUAAUAAUGAGAGAAUCACGCACGAUAUCGGUUUGCGGAAGGAGGAGUCGGUGAUACAGGCGUUCAAGUGGAAUGGGAAGAGAAAUGAUUUCGUAUUCGUCGAGAGCAACAAGAUCUACUACAAAAGCGCUCCUGAAGACGAGGGCUCUAUCCGUGUCAGCCAUGGCGGUGAAAAUACAGUAGACGGAUUAUUUGAUUGGGUUUAUGAGGAAGAAUUAUUCGGGAAGAAAGACGCCCUCUGGUGGUCACCAAAAGGAGAUCGUCUUGCAUACGCCUCUUAUGACAACCAUCUAACAAAGAAUGUCACCCUGAGAAGUUACCAUCGCCUUCAUUCUUACACCAUUGACACAAACCUCCACUACCCAAAAACUUUUGCCAAAGUACUCCCCUCAUACACAUUAUCAAUUUGGGAUAAGAAAACAGAGCAGGCAAAACAACUGGAUGUACAAUUGAAGGAUAGUCUCUCCUAUCACUAUUUGCUCGCCGUGAAAUGGGUGGAUAUAAAUGGAACUGAUCGACUGGUGUCUGUCUGGACUAACAGGUACCAAAACGAAGUUGCACUGACAAUAUGUGAUUGGGAAUCCGCGAUAUGUCAUCUGGAAUUUGAAUACAAGUAUGCUCCAAAGCGCUGGGUGGCUCAUGAUGAUUUCAACACUAUCACUUCAUACGAGGACACGCUAUACUUCUUACUCCCACACGAUAUCCGUGGAAACGCCUACCAACAAAUUGCAACACUCCGCUUGUCUACCGGAAACCCUCGGACCCCUCAAUUUUUGCAAUUGGGAGCGUUCGAUGUCACCUCAAUCGACGGAAUCAACAAGGAGACCAAGACACUCUACUACCACGCGGCCGCUCCAAGACCCCAACAACGCAGCCUAUUCUCAUUUAAUCUUGCCGGAGAUAGCAGUCGUAUGGCGAAAUCGAAUGUGAACUGUUUGACGUGCACUAUUACUAAUUGCACUUGGGCUCAGGCGCAGAUAGACGAAGAGAUGAAAAAGGCCAUUGUUUCAUGUAAAGGACCAGUAGCUCCCCAUACAACUAUUGUAAAUUUGACGAGGAAUUUGGAUAAGGAGGAAACAGAGUAUUCCGAACUACUCGAAGACCGCACCUACCAGACACGUUUCGAAGAUGCCGGCUUACCAGUGAUCAUUUCUGAUAAAUUUCAAAUCUCGGAUGACUACGUUGCCCUUACCAAACUCUCCAUUCCUAAAGACGUCUACGCUCGUGAGAAGACUCGUGCCAUUCCUGUAAUCGUUCAUGUCUAUGGAGGACCUAACGAUCAGAAUACCAAAGAUGCCACUCAGAUUGGAAUCGAGGAAAUCGUGGCGUCAGGGCAGCAAGUAGCGAUUCUGAGAAUCGAUGGAAGAGGAAGUGGAGGCAGAGGUUGGAAGUAUCGGUCAGCGGUCUAUGGUCAGCUGGGUACGGUAGAGGUGGAAGAUCAGUUGAAGGUUAUCAAGGUGGUCCUUAAAGCCUACAAACAUCUGCUGGAUCCAAACCGAGUCGCAGUUUUUGGAUGGUCCUAUGGAGGUUUUAUGACACUUUCCAUGGUUAACGAGGCAGCAGAGAACUUUUUCAAAUGCGCGAUUUCAGUGGCUCCAGUGACUAAUUUUGCGUACUAUGAUGCCACCUACACCGAACGCUACAUGGGGGAUGCACCGUUGGCGUCAUACAGUGACGUCACGCGGAAACUAGACAACUUCAAAACAACGAGGCUUCUGUUGAUGCAUGGCUUGCUUGAUGACAACGUACACUUCCAAAACAGUGCCAUUCUUAUUGAGGAGCUUCAAAAUCGAGGAAUCGAUUUUGACUUGAUGGUCUACCCGAAUCAAGCGCAUUCCCUGUCAAGCAGGACCGCGCAUGUCGUCGGGAAGAUGUCUCAAUUUUUGAAACAAUGCUUUGCUACAGAAAAGUAG